GGGAUUGGGGCUUCCUUAUCACUGCCUUUUCCUGGCUGCUCCGGCGAGAGGACCGAGGAGGGCUGAGCGCUACAUCUGCCCGCCCUGCGCCGCCUGACACGCCGCUGACUUUUACUGAUAAUCAGUCUCUGCACGGCAGACGUACAUAUACCCACAUUAAUACACUGAGCCGCGGUCUGGAGAAGCCCCGCAGCAGCUCGCCGAUGGAGCGGUGGAAAGGCAGAGUGGCGCUGGUGACAGGAGCUUCUGUCGGCAUCGGAGCGGCUGUGGCUCGGGCUCUGGUCCAGCAGGGCAUGAAGGUGGUGGGAUGCGCCCGGAAUGUGGACAAAAUAGAGAAGUUGGCAGCAGAGUGUCAGAGUGCGGGUUACAGUGGGACUCUGAUCCCGUAUAAGUGUGAUCUGUCUAACGAGGAGGAGAUUCUCUCCAUGUUCUCUGCCAUCAAGACCCUGCACCAGGGCGUGGAUGUGUGCAUCAAUAACGCCGGCCUGGCUCACAAUGAACCACUGCUGAGCGGCCGCACUGACGGCUGGAGGAACAUGAUUGACGUGAAUGUGCUCGCCCUGGCCAUCUGCACGCGUGAGGCCUACCAGUCUAUGAAGGAGAGAAAUGUGGAUGACGGACACAUCAUCAACAUCAACAGUAUGGGAGGUCACAGGAUGGUGGCGAGCUCUGACGAGCACUUCUACUGCGCCACCAAAUACGCAGUGACGGCACUCACAGAGGGGCUCCGGCAGGAGCUGCGGGAGGCUAAAACGCACAUCCGCGCCACAUGUAUAUCACCCGGAAUAGUGGAGACUGAGUUCGCCUUCAGACAUCACAAUAAUGACCCAGAGAAGGCUGCAGCCGUUUAUGAAAGUAUAAAGUGUUUGAAAGCUGAAGAUAUAGCCAGCGCGGUCAGAUAUGUUCUCAGCGCCCCUCCGCACGUCCAGAUCGGAGACGUGCAGCUGCGGCCGGUGGAACAGGUGUCUUAGCAACGGAGUGGCCAGCGACGUGUCGGAGGAGUGGACGAAGCCAGUGGCGACAGUGUCUCUCUGGCAGCACCUGCUGGACAAAACAUGUAUAACACCUAGUUUUAAAACAAAACAUUGGAAUUGAAGGGAAUUUGGGUUUGCUGUGUGGACAACGAGGGUGGAGGAAAAUGUAACAAAUCUGAAAAUCCGAAGCCGUGCAAGAGAGGUCCAUUUCCUCCCUCAGACCUAGUGGUGGGGACAGAAGAGAGAGAGGGAGGGAGAGGGAGAGAGAGAGAGAGGUGGGGGGGAGAGGAUUGGUACUGUUCCAAUUUACAGAUACACUGCUGCCUCAAUGUGAAAGGAAUUCUUUAGUGUAAGGAGUCAUUUUUGAAAGAAUGACUCAAACUGGAAACGGGACGGGACUCACAUGACCACCUAUGACGGUCUGACAAAACCCGCACCGGCCACUAUUACAGGAACAAAAUGCCGUCAGUCGCACACAUCAGUUUUUUAGGUCACAUGACAUAUCUGUUUUCAAAAUGAGCAAAAGAAAACACACUUGCUGAAUAAACAUGGUAUGGGUAACACUCACUGUCGCAGUUAUAACGUAUUGAAAAUGUCUUAUAAAGACUUCUAACACAUCUAUAAUGUCUUAUGUUAGUGACCAGAACAACCCUUAACCCAUUAAACUACAGGCUUAUUGUUCCAUUCAUAAAUUCUAAGACAUUAUUCAGUAAAUGUGGUGAUAGAAGGUCAGUUAUUCAUUAACUACUUUGAAAGGCAUGUGUAGCUGUGAGUGUGUGAGAGUUGAAUUUACACAUUAUAAGACUAAAACAUGUAACUGACAAGUAGGUUUUUUCUCCAAAUGACAUAAAGCUGUACCACUGGUCACCUACCCUCUUUUGUCAGCUAAUUUAGACUAGAACCUGAUCGAUAUACAGUCGUGUGAAAAAGUGUUGGCCCUCAAAUGACAAGUUCUGUUGAAUUGUUAACACAAACACAUCCUCUACAGAUAAGGUACUUCUGCAACCUUUCAUGCAUAAUUACUGUUUGUUUGAUGACUUUUUAACAUUUUUAAUUGGGAAAUAUAAAACAUAAAAUGUG